GAGCUAGGCAGUAUAUUUCAACAAUCAGCACAUAUGGUUAAGGAGCAAGAGGAGACUGUGGAGCGUAUCGAUACAAACAUACAAGAUGCCGAAUUGAACAUAGAAGCGGCGCAUGGUGAAAUAUUGAAGUACUUCCAAACUGAUGAUAAAAAUCUUCGCAGUACUGAUAUUCUUUUUCAUAUUCUUCGUAGUUUUCCUUAUAUAAUAACGAAUAUGUUUGUGACACGCCAAGAUUUUAACAAGUUCAGAUGCGCGGUCUAAAGUUGU